UGUGGUUAGGAGAAUGCCUGGUAGACCAAAGAAACUGCGCCGAAGAGCGCAAGAUGAGCCUAAGAAGGGUCAAGUAUCAACUAGAAAGGGUCUUGUGGUACAUUGUAAGAGAUGUUUUCAGCCACGGCAUAACUCACGGACGUGCAAGAAUCCCAUUCACCCUAACUCCAAAUUUUAUAAGGCACCUGAAGCAAGCGCAGCUGAAUCCAUUCAAUCACAACCAAUUGCUGAGUCGUCCACUCAACCACAGCCAAUUAGUGAAGGAGCUGCUGGUACUCGAAGUACUACAAAGAAUGGAGGUAACAAGGCUGAUGGCACCACUGCAACAGUAAAAAGAGCCAGAGCUCCAAUUGUUACUGAUGUCCUGCGGAAAUUAAGGCCAAAGAGAUCAAAAGCCUAAGAAGGUUUAAUUACCUGCCAGAAUAGUGGCCUAGCCGUAGUUAGAAUAGCUUUUGGAAUAUUUGUAGUUGCUGAAUGAAACUGAACAUUUGGUGAAUCUAUGUUCUGGGAACAGAUUUUGGGUUGAAGUUCUUGGCAACCACCAGAUUAAUGUUAUGUGAUAUGGGUGAUGUGAUGUUGUAGUUGCUGAAUGAAUCUAUAACAUUUGUUGUAUAUCUCUUCUGGGAACAGAU